AUGCAACCCACAAGACCCACGCCGAGGGCUCCAGGGAGCUUCUCGCCCCUGCCUGCGAGCAACCCGGCAAGUACAACUGAUCUCUCGCGCACGCGACAGAACCGGCAGGACUCGCUGUCCAGCGACGAACCGGCGCCAUUGGAUAUCCACAAGACGCGAGGACAAACUGCGCCAACUCCAACGCCGAUCUACACAAGCUUCACAACCGGGGCCAACAACAGCACCACCAAUCUACAAAACUUCUCCCGACCGACCGUAUCGACCGCCGUCUCCGCCGCCCGCUCUGUCGCGGGGCCGCAGUCACCUAGCGACGCUGUUCCGCGCAACGGACCUUCGCCUCUAACACUCCCGCCAACUACUUCCUCCCCCGUUACACCCACCUUCUCCAGCCGAGGCGUCAGCCAUUCGCGCAAGACGUCGCAAAACGCCGGCCUGUUCGAGCCCACCCUCCCCUCGACAAGCACGUCCAAUCUCCCCAACAUCGGCCUCACGAACCACUCUCCGAAACGCGUGCCGCCGGCGCACCGAGAGAUGUCGGCCAGCCAGAUCGCUGCUCAGGCCGCCGUAAUGCAACACCAAAACCAGCAGCAGCAAGCGCAACAAGCGCAGCAGGCGCAGCAACAGGCACAACACUCUCGACAACGCUCACAAACCGCGCCGGGACCUGCUGCGGAUGACCCACCACCAUCCAAACGGGCAAGUGGCAGUUCAAUUCCUUUGAACACACCAAUGCUGAGUCUCACCGAGGCGAGCGUGCCCCGAGAUAAUGCCUUCGGUGGGCAGAACUACCAUAAUGGCCUUGUUGGCAACCAUACUCUCGCGGCUACGGCCGCCGCCAACCUUGUCUUCCCGAGGUCCACCCAGGCUUCUCCCGGGAUACCCUCGCAAUCAUUCACGCCUCAGCCUCAACCUCCACCUCCACCACCCGCAUCUGAGAAACCCCAAAAGCCGGAGAAAUCGAAAGUGAAACUCUUCUCACGGCAAGUCAAAAUUGGAAGCAAAAGUGAUAGCAAAGACAAGCCGCUCCCUAGCCCGGGAAAGGUCGGACACGCAUUCGCAAACUUACAGCGUGGCAACUUCAGCACUACUAGCCUGGAAUCUAGCUCCCAGUCAUUCUACAGCCUACCAAACUCUUCAGCUGCGACAAUACGACCCGCCGACAUGCCUACGGAGAAGGAAGGCAAGGAGAAGGAGAAGAAGCAUCAUUUCUUAUCCCGUCAGAAGCACAAACUCAAGGAUGAUCACCACCUCCCGCUUUCGUCCGCCAUGAGCAACUCACGGCCGGCUGAUCCAAGCGCCCCGAGUAGUCUCUACAACUUCAGUUUGCCACAAAGCCCAGGGCCAAACACCACGGGCUUCAAAUCCGCAUUGGACCUGCGCCAUGGAGGGCGUGCCUUUCGGGAGAGAAGGAAGGAGGAGAAGUCGUUGGACGAAACCGCGAGUGCCGUCACGAGCGAAUGGCCCGGUUCAAGCAGCGUCACUUCCGGCUCUGCCACUCAGGCUUCCACUCUCUACCUCAAUGAGCCGUUUGACAGCCACAAGUACGGCCUGAACAACAUGACGCAUGACGAUGCCUGGCCGUUCCUGAAGGCCAAGCUGCUCGUCGUUUUUGAGGCCGAGGAUCUCCGGUUGCCGGUCGAGGACCUGAACCGGGUGGUUACGAUGCACAUUCAAUAUUGCCUAGCCCGACGGAGUCCCAAUAUCAUCGUGGACGACCUGAGGGAGCUUUUAGCAACGGGAUUUUCCAGCCUCGACCACACCCUCCGCAAGACUCCCGAGGAUAGACUGAUCCCAGCGCUCGUGGAGUUGUGGAUCUUUACUUUUACCAGUAUUCUUCCCUACAUGCAGGCCGUGUUCCUGCCGUUGGAUUUGGAAUUUUCAGGCCAUGGGCCCCUGAUGUCCACGGAGCAAGCCUGCGAUUUCUGGGGUGGUAUCCCGGCGGCCGCCUCAACGGGUGAUGGCACAUCGACUGUCACCCAGAAACCAGGCCGCAGCCAUAGCAUUACUGUCUCUCCGGCGUCCUCAGUUCUUGAAGUCCGCCGCUUCGUCCUUCUCGCAUUCCGCGACAUCGUUAUCCUCCCACGCUACGAUACCCUCAAGGCCAUGUUCUCUCGUCUCUCUCUCGAGUUCCUCCCCCAAUCCCUCGCUUCUAUGGCGCUCGGCUCCCCGCCUCUCCCCAUCCCGUCCCCGGGCUACCACAACCAAAGCAUCAACCAACAACUCUCCAACUCGCCCUCCGACCACUACGCCUCGACAAGCCUUCCUAGCGUGCUUGGGCAAUACCGCCCCGGCACCGCCACCUCCCUCGACCCCUCCGUCGCCAGCUACAACAGCACCGGCAGCACCCUCCUCGGCGACAGCUCCGGCAGCGGCAACCGCAGCCGCGCCAUCAGCAACGUCUCCUUUGGCAGCGACAGCGCCGCCCACCCGCUGCGGCCCUUCACACCCAGCAGCAUGAACGCCGUCACCGCCGCCGCCAACUCCACCCUCAACCUCGCCCUUCACACCACCAUGUCCAACAAUACCACCGCCAGCCACGGCGGCGGCGGGCCGGCGGCGGCGGCAGCAUCGGCAGCCUCCGCGAACAAAACGUCGAAGACUCCAAGCAAGUCACCGAAAUGGUCGGCCGCAUGCUGCAGUGCAUGA